CGCUAGCGCGGAUCACAUUUGUGUAUGCGGCAAACCAUUUGUUGAUUUUUUGUUUUAUUUCUAACUCAAAUGGUUACCAACAAGGAGCCGGCGGAUGCGCUGACAUCAACGUCAGCGGUAACAGGUAUGCCGCAAAAGCGUUUUUACCGCCAACGAGCACACUCCAACCCCAUAGCAGAUCACAGUUUUGACUAUCCUGCCCGACCUGAAGAUGUAGAUUGGCGUUCAUUAUAUCCCAGCAUAAGCGCAGGGCAGCAAGUGGAAUUUGCGGAUAUUGGAUGCGGCUAUGGUGGCUUUCUAGUUACACUGGGCGAGAUGUUUCCCAAUAAGCUGGCUAUUGGUAUGGAGAUACGCGUCAAAGUGUCCGACUAUGUGAUCGAUCGCAUAACGGCAUUAAGACACCGUCACAAGGACGAUGGGGCAUAUCAGAAUAUUGCAUGUUUACGCACCAACGCAAUGAAAUAUUUGCCAAAUUAUUUCAUAAAGGGUCAGCUCGAAAAGAUGUUCUUUCUCUAUCCGGAUCCACACUUUAAGCGCGCGAAGCACAAGUGGCGCAUUAUUAAUCAGGCACUCUUAUCUGAAUAUGCAUAUGUGCUGCGUAGUGGAGGCUUAGUCUACACAAUGACUGAUGUGGAGGAUUUGCACAAAUGGAUAGUCUCCCAUAUGAAUCAACAUCCAUUAUAUGAACGCCUUAGCGAAGAGGAAGCUGAUGCCGAUCCUAUAACACCAAAGCUCUAUCAAAGCAGUGAAGAGGGCGCCAAGGUGGUGCGCAACAAAGGCGAUCAUUUCUUAGCCAUAUUCCGCCGCCUUUAGGGCACGCGAACAUGCAAUCAUAUAUUUACAAACAUGUGUACAUGUUCAAAAAUAUACAUAUAUUGUUAAACAUAAAUAAUUUAA